GUGGAUGUGGCGCGCGGCGCUCCGUCUCAUCAGCACAGCAGUAGUGCGCGAGCAGUCGGAGUGUACGGAUGAUUUCCGUUUGAACAACAAACUAGGUGAGACACAUGUGACGCAGGUGUAACAGAUGAUGUGAUGAUCAGCUGUCCAGAAAACAUCUGACCUGACACUGACUGACAGGUACACUGCAGCACUGCACUUUAUUAGCAUUGAUUCAUCUUCAUUAAACAGAGGAAUCAAUGGGCUCCAAUCAAUGACACUGAACUUGAUGAUGGCUGCAGAUCGAGGUAUAGUGGAGGAAUGGCUCUCAGAAUUCAAGAUGCUGUCUGAGACACAGUUGUCCAGUUAUGCUGGAGUCCUCCAUCAAAAGAACACACUCAUACCAGCUCUUUACAGCGUCAUUCAAGACCACAACAGUGAGUUACUGGAGCCAGUAUGUCAUCAGCUGUUCGAGCUGUACCGCAGUUCAGAGGAUGGCCUGAGACGCUUCACUCUGCAGUUCCUGCCGGAGCUGGUGUGGAUGUAUCUGCGCAGGGGUCGACACGGCAGUGGCUGCAUUGAGGCUCUUUUGCUGGGCAUCUACAACCUGGAAAUUGUGAAUAAAGAUGGAAACAGCAAGCUGUUAUCAUUCACAAUCCCUUCACUGUCUAAACCAUCCAUAUAUCACGAGCCGUCUAGUCUUGGCUCUAUGGCUUUGACUGAGGGAGCUCUAUGUCAACAUGGCCUGAUCAGAGUGAUCUACAGCGGUCUACACCCUCAGAGAGAAACCUUCACUGCACAGAACAGGUUUGAGGUGUUAUGUUUCCUGAUGUUGUGUUAUAACUCAGCAGUGGUCUUCAUGCCUCCCUCAUCAUACCAGUCUGUCUGUAGAAUGAGCUCACGUCUGUGUGUGUGCGGGUUUCCGCGGCAGCAGCAGAAGGCGUGGAGUGCUCCCUGCAUUCGUGUGCUGUUAGAUCCAGAGUUCAUGGUGCAGAUGCUCUCCGCUGUCUAUCAUGCCAUAUAUAAUGGGGAGUGGGAUGCAGGCAGAGAGGCUCUGGAUGACAUUCUGUACCGAGCUCAACUGGAGCUGUACUCAGAGCCGCUGCUGCUCGGCAAUGCUAUGAAGAGCUCAUUGCCGGACAGCGCACCAGACGCGUCGCAGGGGAGGAAGAUCCUGCAGGUGGAGGUGACGCCAACCAUCAGCCGAAUCUCUCACUGCACCAUCACUGCUGCAUCCAUCCGCAGACUGCGUUGGAGGAGAGAGGAUGCGGAUGGGAUGAGCCGGGGCGAAGAAUCCUUCAACCUCAAUGACCCUGAUGAAGGCUUCUCAUCCGGAGCAUCCAGCAGCAGCCAACCGAGUGGUUUCCGUGGGAAUACAGCGCCACGCAUGGGCGGCCACAGGAGCAGCUCGAAAAAGAACCGCUUGUCCGUCGAGAGAGAGCGUGAACGGGAGGCAUCUUCAGACCCUCAGAGGAGACCGCCUCAUUCGACCACAGUCAUGCUCAACGCCAUCGAGCUGAGCCUCCCCGCCGGAUCCGCCCCCCUCGCCAGGGCCUCCAGCACCUCCUCCAGCUCGUUUGACUGCAUUAACACCAGUGCAAGCUGGGCAGUGACAGUCAAUCCAGGGUUAAUCGGGUCACAGGGUGCAGAAUUGAGCUCUGGUGUGGCGACUCAGAGACACUCAAACCUCAGUCUGCAGGACAAGCACUCACCGCCGCCGGAUGACACCGAGCUUCUCUCUCCUGGAGCUCCGCUCACCAAACAGUCCCGAUCACCCAGUUUCAACAUGCAGAUCAUAUCACAGGUGUAGAAGAUCCUGUUUUAAUGUCUUAGUCUGCCUGUCACCUCUAAAGAUUUCGCCCAAAAAUGGCAAUUCUGUCAUCGUUUCAAACACGUAUGACAUUGUCUUCUGUAGAAGCAGCGUGUUCAUUCAUUAAUUCACCUUUUGUGUUCCACGAAAGAAAGUCAUAAAGGUUUGGAAUGACAUGAAGGUGAGUACAUGACUGAAUUUACACUUUUGGGUGAAUAUUCCUUUAAAAGCCAGAACGCCAAUAGACAGUUUUCCAUGUGGGAGUUCUGUCUGUUUGUCUUUCUCUCAGACCAAAAUCAAACAUUCCACUUAAUGAUUUGUGCUGGAACUCUUGGAAUUUUGUUCUGCUGUAAUAUUUUGGGAAUUAUAAUAUUACUGCACUCACAUAUAGUCUAUAUUUUAUAAACAGUCAGCAAUAAAUGAUCCAUAGUUCACCUGAACAGAUGAGAAUGCAUUACUGUCUUCCACUUUAACAUUUAAGAAUGUGCAAUCUGAAACAGACGUUUGUCUUAAGUUCGAUAGUCAUUUUUAUGCCAACUGUUUGGACUUUCCAUUGAAUUCCAUUCCAAAGACUCUUUCAAUCCUUUUAUGUUUGAGUUUCAAAAGUUUAUGAUAUAGAAACUGAAGCCUUUUUAUUAUUACUUAAUAUUUAUUAUUAUUAUUACUACUAGCAAUCUUGAUUUUCACUUAUUUAUUGCAUUUUUGAACAUACAGCUGGCCUCAAUGAUUUAUUAUUUAUGAUCUGACAAUUAUGUUCUCAUAUUUUUCUCUUUUUAUAUAUAUUUUUUCUAUGGGUUUAUUGGCAGUUUGAGAGACUAGAAGGUUUUUUCAAUGUUUAGAUGUGAGGGAGAAUCUCACGAAAAACGUCCAAGUAUCGCAUGCCCUUUCGAUAUGAAUUAGAGAUAUCUAUAAUUCAGUUUUCACUGGUUAAAAUGUUAAUUCUUGACAUCAACAAUGGAAUUACUACUAGUGAAAAUGCUCAUUUUUAUAUGAAUAAUUGUGUUUGCACUAGUGAUGGCAUUCAUUCUUGAUAUCAAAAAUAGAAUAUCAACUAGUAAAAGCCAUAAUUCUUGAAAUCUGUAACUGAAUGUUCACUAGUAGAUAUUCCACAAUGAUCUGUCAUUCAAAAUGCAAUUACAGAUAUCUGUUCUUUAUUUCUUGCUACAAAUCAGCUACAGUGCCCUCCAUAAGUAUUUGGACAGUGAGACACUUUUCAUAAUUUUGGCUCUGUACGGCACCACAAUGGAUUUGAAAUAAUAAUCAGUAUGUGAUUGAAGUUGAAAAUCCUUGGCAGUGAAUGACUGUCUGAAGUCUGGAACCCAUACACAUCACCAAAUUCUGGGUUCACUCCCAAGUGAUGCUCUGCCAGGCCUUUACUGCAGCUGUCUUAAGUUGCUGCUUGUUUGUGGGUGUUUCUGCUUUCAGUUUUGUCUUUAAGAAGUGAAAUGCAUGUUCAGUUGGGUUGAGGUCAGGGGACUGACUCAGUCAUUGAAGAAUAUAUCACUUUUUUUGCCUUGAAAAGCACUUUUGCUUUCACAGUAUGUUUUGAGUUACUGCCCAACAGUGCUGUGAAGCGUCAUCCUCUCAGUUUUGCAGCAUUUGGCUGAAUCUGAGCAUAUGGAAAAGCCUAAACACUUCAGAAUUCUGUCAGCUGUCAUAUCAUCAAGAAACACAACUAACCCAUUUCCAUUGGCAGCCAUUCAUGCCCAUGCCAUAACACUGCCCCCACCAUGUUUACAGGUGAUGUGGUAUGCUUAGAUCAUUCUCCAUAUACUCUUCCCAUGGUUCUGGUACAGGUUCAUCUUAGUUUCAUCUGUCCAAAGAAAAGUGUUCCAGAAUUUGGUAGUUUUUUUUAAUAUGCUUUCUGACAGUCUAAUGUGGACUUCCUAUUCUUGGGGCACUCUGUAUUUACUUCUAUGAAGUCUUCUCUUUUUUGAAGACAUUGGCAAUGAUACGCCUACCUCCUGGAGAGUGUUCUUGACUAAGCUUGAUGUUUUGAAAGGGUUGUUCUUUAAGGAAAGAAUUUUGUGAUCCUCCACCACAGUUGUCUUCUGUGGUCGUCCAGGCCUUUAGGUGUUGCUGAGCUCACCAGUGUGUUCCUUCUUAUUAACAAUGUACCAGUUUGUUGAUUUGGCCACUCCUAAGGUUUCUGCUAUCUGUUUUGUUUUUGUUUUUUAUUCAUUCUAAUGAUGGCCAGUUAUGUAUACAUUUACAGCUCCAGAUGUUUUUUUUUUAUUUUUAUGAUUAACAAUUUUAUUGAUUCAUCUAUUAAACAAAGAAAAGCAAAACAUAUGCAAAGAGAAUCAAUAUUUAACCCCCCACCCGACCCCCAACAACACCCCAGUGGCCACAUGAUUAUAGACACACAAACAACAAAAAAUAUAUAAUCACACACAUUAACUACUACACCUCUCUCUCCACUGUCCCUCCUCGAAAGCCCUCCAGAAACGGCAAAUUUUUGCCCCAUUAUCCCACAAACAGGUCUAAAUUCCCUAGUCUUCUGGAUGACCCCUCUUCAAAAGCUGCCUUCCUGCCCAUCUCCGAGCACCACUCCUGAAAUGAGGGCAUCCCCUUAAAACUAUCUGUCUGGCGAUCAUAACGCUAGUUAGGACCCAGUUUUGUAUGUGCUUAUUCUCUAUAUUGAUGACCACCCCUUCGCCUAAAAUACAGAGUCUGGGGCAAAAUAAAAUUUGAGUGCCCAGUACCUUACACAUAAAACUAUGAAUCUUCAACAAAAAUUCUUGGAUCUUAACACACCCCCAAAAGACAUGGGUUAUGUCUCCAUCAUCUGAUUGACAUCAUCAGCAGGUGGGUGUGUCUUUAAGACCAAGCCUAUACAAUCUAGAGGGGGUCCAAUAGAAUCUAUGUAAAAUCUUGAAUUGCAUAAGGCACACCCUUGCAUCUCUAGAUGCAGACUUGAUGUUUUUUUAGAAUCCUAGCCUACACUCCCUCCUCCAAUACCAAGUUUAAAUCUUUCUCCCAUACUCUCUUGAUAGAAAUUAAAGCUCCGUCCCCCAGACUCUGAAUUAGCAGGGAGUAAUACACUGAUGCCUCAUGACCUUUUCCAAAAGCAGUAAUCACCACUCCCAGAGUAUCUGCCGCUUUAGGGGGGUGUAAACUACUCCCAGAAACAUUACAGUGCAGGUGGCGCAGCUGUAAAUACCUACAGAACUGAGAUCUGGGAAUCCCAAAAUGUUGAACCAAAUUUUCAAAGGAUCUCAAUACUCCACUCUCAUGUAGGUGUCCAAGUGUAGUAACCACCCUCACGAUCCACUCUGACCAGCAAAAAGGGGACUUAUUAAUACAUAAUUUAUGGUUCAGCCAUAUGCUUGAGGCAACAUUUAAAUAAAUGUCAGAAUUAAACACUCUGGACACUUUUGUCAUUACCAAGUGCAGAUGCGAGAUAACGGGGUGUAACUUCUCCGAUUAGUUUGAUAGAAAGGCUUUGCAAUGGCGAAAUAGAGGCAAGAACUUCCUGUUCAAUACCAGACCGAACACAUAUUAAUAGAACAAAAUCUUGGGUAGGCCUAGCCCACCUUUGUCAAUUGACCUAUGCAGCUUACUGAAAUGUAAUCUGGGACGUUUACCAUUCCAAAUGAAGGACUUUGCUAUGCUAUCAAAUUGCUUGAAAUAAGAGAGGGGGACAUCUAUAGGGAGUGACUGUAGCAGGUAGUUGAAUUUUGGAAUACAAUUCAUUUUAAUAACAUUAACCUUACCAAUCAUUGAUAAAUGUAAUGAAGCCCACCUGCCCACAUCGCUCAAACCUUUUUAUUAAAGGGUCAAAAUUAACUCUAACUAAAUCACUCAAAUUUGCUGUGAAUAAAAUACCCAAAUACCUUUCAGUGGCCUGUUUGGGCCACUGAAAGGCACCCGGCUGAAAAGCCGUUGUUGGGCAGUACGCUGUCAGAGCCAAAGCUUCGGAUUUAGACCAAUUAACUCUGUAUCCCGAGAACUUUAGAAAAGGAAUUAAUAAUUCUGUGGAGGCAAGGCAUAGAUCUAGAAGGAUCAAAGACGAAUAAUAAAAUAUCUGCAUAAAGCAGAAGCUUAUGUGCCACUUCUCCCACCAAUACCCCUGGAAAAUCAUCAACCUUUCUUAUCACAGCUGCUAAUGCUUCAAGGGCAAGACAGAACAAUAAUGGGGAAAGAGGGCAACCCUGCCAGGUGCCCCUAUCCAGAGUAAAAUAAUCUGAAAUUAAUCCAUUUGUUUGUUACGCCGCUACCGGGUGUCUAUAAAGUAACUUAAUCCAUCAAAUAAAAGUAUUUCCGAAUCCAUAUAUUUCCAAAAUCUUACAAAGAUAAUCCCAUUCUACCAUAUCAAAUUCCUUUUUGGCAUCAAGUGAGAUGGCCGCGAACGGAGUCAGAUCAUUCGCCACUGACCACAUAAUAUUGAUGAAACGCCUAAUGUUAUCAGAAGAGCUGCGGCCCCAAAUAAACCCCACCUGAUCUGUAUGUAUAAGAGAUGUCAUAACUUAAUCGGUUAGCCAGAAUUUUAGACAAUAUUUUUACGUCUAGCUGGAUCAGGGAAAUUGGACGGUAACCCGCUUGGAUCUUUGUCCUUUUUAAGAAUCAGACUGAUCCGGGCUUGUCAUGUUUGGCGGAAGCUUUCCAUUCUUUAAUGAUUCCGUAUAAACUUCUAACAAAAGUGGAGCCAGUUCUGUAGCAUAAGAUCUAAAAAAUUCAGUGGCAAAACCAUCUGGCCCCGGAGCCUUGCUUUUAGGCAAGGCCUUAAUUACCUCGCCAAGCUCCUCCAAGGUUAUCUCAGAAUCAAGAGAAUUUUUUUGUUAAAUCGUCAGUUUAGGGAGUUCUAAUGGUUCCACAAAGUUUCUAAUAUAUUCAUCAGCAGACGAAGAUGUGGAACUAUAAAGAUCAAGAGAGAAUUCUUUAAAAGCAUUAUUAAUAUCAAUGGCUGAGGUAAAUAUUUCACCAACAGCAGAUUUCACUGAGGGAAUGGUAGAAAAAGACACUCACUGCUUUAUAUAUAUCUAGCCAAAAUUUCCCUGCUUUGUCCUCCGACUCUAAGUAUGACUGUCUUGCCCUGAAUAGCCAAAACUCCACCUUCUGCGACAAAAUAGUGUUACAUCUGUAUUUCAAUCGGGUCAAUUCUCUGUGGCCAUCAGACGACAUUCGGCACUUCAGCUCUGCCUCGGCACUUUUAAUAUUCCCUUCCAACUCCACGAGUUCUCGUGCUUUGGACUUUUUGAUGAAUGAGGCAUACUGUGUGAUCCGACCCCUAAGAACCGCUUUAUGUGCCUCCCAAGCCACGCCCACAGAAGAUACUGAGGACCAGUUGGUCUCCAUAUAAACAUUAAUUUCAGCCUUUAACAUUUGUUGGAAUUCAGGAUUUUGCAAAAGGGAUACAUUAAAGUAGCAACUAUAUGAUGUCUUUUUCUCUGUAUGUGGCAGCAGCUCUAAAUUCAUCAGGGCGUGAUCUGAGACUAAGAUGUUUCCAAUUGAGCAAUCAACAACAGGACUUGGAUAUAAAUAAAAAAAUCUGUUCUAGAAUAAAUCUUAUGGACUGAUGAAAAAAUGUUUAGUCCCUACAAGAUGGGUUCAAAAGUUUCCAAAUAUCUGUAAGACCAAGAUUUGUACACAUCCUGUGAAGCAUCAAUGUUGCACUAGGGGGCUUACACAUUGCUUCACUAUGAUCAAGGACUGAGUCCAUCAAAAGAUUGAAAUCUCCUCCCAAUAUUAUAUCAUGAGGGGUGCCAGCGGCUUGUAACAUCCCUUAAAGAUGUAUAAAAAAGCCCUGAUCAUGAAUGUUAAGUGUGUAAAUAUGAGCCAAAAUCAACCUUUGCCCCUGAAUUUCUGCUAAAACAAUAAUGACUCUUCCUAAUUUAUCAUUAAUCUGUUUAAGACAUUUGAAUUGUAGAUGUUUACUUAUCAAUGUAAUGACUCCCCUGCACUUACUUGAGCCAGCACUAAAGAAAAUAUGUCCACUCCAUAUCUUCCCAAAUUUUUCAGCUUCCUGUGGGGAAAGAUGUGUUUCUUGAAGAAACACUAUCAUAUUUCUUACAUUUAAGAAAAUAAAUAACCUUCCUUCUUUUUAUAGGGUACCCCAACCUGUUCACAUUCUACGUGGAGAGAGACAAUCCGCUCAUAUUAACAUCUGACAUUUUGACAUAUUAGAAAAAAUUACAAAAACAAAAUUGUAAAGACAACAUUCCAACAUUAGAGCAACAAACCCCAAACUUCCGCCAGAAAAAAAAAAAAAAAAAACAGAAUAAAGAAAAAUGUGCGCAUUAACCCCGUGCAGGACAGCGGCCUCUAAACUCAAACAGUCCAGUACGCCUACGAGAGUCCCCGCGACAACUUUGCCGUCGGAUUGCUCAAGUCUGGUGUUUCUAUAAAACUUUUGUGAGACAGAAUUACACAACAGAAAAUAAUCUAUAAAACAAACUCCAGCCGCUAGGCGGAACAGCACAAAAAGAAACAAAAAUGGCGCCCAGUUUCCUCGGACAGUCAAAUGAAUGUUCAGUGAGUCAGGCUCACUUGGCUGUUACAUGAGUGCAAAAAAAUGUCCUAAUCAUUCCAAUGUUUUGCAAGAAAUAUUCCACAGAACAAACUCCAACCAACAGGAGGCAUAAGAACAAAGAACAUGCAGAUUCAUCCACAAACUGUCCCGAAGGAGUGUUACUCAACAAAACAUACCCCAGCUGCUAUGCAGAACCAGCACAAAAAGAAACAAAGAAGGCACUCAGUUCCUCGGAUGAGCAAGUGAAUGUUCAAUGAGUCAGGUCCACUCGGCUGUAUAGACAGUAUCACACAAUAACUUACUCAUUCCAUUGACUUUAUGAAGGACAUUGCUUGCUGUGGGCAUGUUAAUAUUUUGCGGCCAUCCUUAGUAUCUAUUCUCAAUUUGUCCGGGAACAUCAGUGCAAAAGUGACCUUCCGUUGAUGUAAGAGUUUCUUGCAUUCCAUGAAUCGAUCACAUUUCUCUCUUGUCGAAUUCGCAAAGUCUGGGAACAAGAAAAUGUUGUGGUUCUUCCAAGAAAGCCUUCCUUUACUCCUCGCCUCACGUAACACUAGAUCUUUAUAGGAUGAUCUCAGAAAUUUGGCCAGAAUUUAUUGGGGCCUUUCUCCCUCAGUGGAUCUCUGAGCCGGAACCCUGUGAGCUCGCUCGAUUUUCCAGCUUAUGGCCUGUCAUGUCGAGCAGACUCGUGAAGAGCUCGUCUAGGAAUUUCACCAUAUCUCGGCCUCUUUUGUUCUCAGGAAUUCAAACAAUUCGGAUGUUGUUUCGCCAGCUACGAUUCUCUAAGUCUUCCAACUUUUCCCAAAUGCAUUCCAAGUCUGUUUUGGUAGCUAGCGGGUUAGCAGCUAAUUCCCUCUCCGGUGACUCCAGAUAAUCGAUCCGUUUCUCAACAUCCACAACUUUUGUAACCAACUCGGAGAAUUUCGUCUCCAUGGCAGUGAUCGAUCGAUGAAUUACAGCAAGAUCCUCCAAGUCAGCUACGACCUUCGCCAGCAUUGCCGACAUGCUCGACAGUUGAAGUUGAAUCUGUCCCGCCGCACCGUCCAAACUGAGUCCCCUGUCUGGGGUAUCAGCUUGAGCACGUAAGUGUCUUUUAAUGUCUCCAGAGCCUGAGGAUUUUGAAUUCUUUGGCAUUUUGUCUUCAUAGAACAGUUAUGGAUCAGGGUGUAUUGAACCUCACCGGAUUAUGACAUAAAAAGUAUUAAAACUAGCAAAGUGCGCAGAGCUCGCAGUUCACACGUCCAAACUUCGCAUGGCACCAUGUGACUCCCCACAGCUAAAGACAUUUGAAUGGCUUAAUUUUUUAUGAAAUAACCUGGGAAAAGCCCACACCUGGUCAUGAAACAGCUUUUCAGGUGACUGUCCAAUUACUUUUGAGCCCCUGAAAAGUGGGGUCUUUGUAUAGAUCUCCCAAUUUAUAUGUAAAUCCCUUCAAAUUAAAGCUGACUGUCUUCACUUCAAUAAUUGAUUACAUCAAAUCCAUUGUGGUGAUGUACAGUUUUGGAUUAGGAAAAUUAGGAAAAAGUCCAAAUACUUAUGGAGGGUGCUGUAUGUACUUCUUACUAAUAAAAAAAUAUCACUUUUUAUAUCAAUAAUUACUUAUUUUUUUACUAUUGCAAAUGUCCAUUCCUGGACAAUUUAAUUAAAUUACAUAUUUUUUAAUAUCUUUAAUUCGGUUUUCACUAGUGGCAGUGUAAAUUUCUGAUAUUUGUAAUGUGAUUGUAACUAGAAUGAAUGCCUUUUUAUAUAUCUUUAAUUACUCUUCACUUUAAAGUUUAGAGAUAUAUGAAAUCCAUUUACAGAUAUCUAAAAUACCAAAUCUAACAUGCUGAAUUACAUUUACAGAUAUCAAAAAUGAAUUGUUGUUAUCAGGAAUGGACAUUUGCACUAGUAGAGAUCAAGAAUUAUAAUUUUUACUAAUAAGUACAAAGCUGAUAAAUUGAAAUUUCAGCUAGUAAGAAAUGAAUCAUCAAUAUCUGUAAUUGUGUUUUGAACAGGAGUGAAUGACAGAUCUACUUGUGAAAAUGCUGUUACAGAUAUCAAGAAUUGAAUUUUUUAUUUCAAGAAUGUGUAUUUCCAUGAGUAAUUAUGUAAUUGUUUUAUAUCAAGAAUUUAUGUUCAUUUUUUAGUGCAAACCUAAUUACUGAUAUCAAGAAUGAGUAUUUUAAGUUGGAUUAUAGAUAUCUAUAGAUAUCCGGCACAUGAUUAAAAGUCAGUUCAACUUGCCAUAGUUCAAUCCUAUUUUUAUGACCGUUAAGAUUUUUUUCAUUAUGACAUAAUUUGCAUUACAAUUACUCACAUUUCCCUCAAUUCUCAUUGCUGUAAUGCAAAAAUCUCAAUCUCAUUCUAUAAUACAGUAAUGAAAAUCAUCCUGUCCUGGUACAAUGAUUUUUUUUUCUUUUUAUCAAAAUGAAUUAAAGGCAGUACAACAAAUACUACCAUGUUCACUCAUCUCACGAUUCGGUUCGAUAUUCAAGAUAGACAUACAGCAUGUUCAAUAUGUCAGUGUUGUGUACUGCCCUACAAAGGCAACAUGUAACUGUCAACACUGAAACAAUACUGUAUGUUGCAAGACUGUGUUUUUCUGUUGCAGGGCCAUGUAGGUUGCUUGGUGUUUGGUUGUUAAGAUAAUGAAACAUUGAAAAUGUAUCUCUUAAAACAUUUUUACAGUGAACACAAACAUUGGAAAACAAAUUUCUAAUUGGGAAAAUUACACGUGACCAGUGCAAUAAAUUGAACUAUGUCAAUCCUUCA